AUGCCUGUACUUCGUGCUGAAAGCGGCUCUAUCAUACCCAUUAGUCUCAAAAUUGAGUUGCCCACAUUAAACGGCAAGUUUGAAGCGUGCAGUGCUGCACGACCCUACCUUUUAAUUUGGUCAGGUCGGUCUUUGGCCGUCAGUGAAAGCCGGCGAGAGACAAUUGAAACUCUCGAGAUCAUUCUUGGCUGUGGCAACACGUUGACAUUAUUCCAUAUUCUUGACGUGCGUUCAACGUGGACAUAA